AUGACAGACAAGUACCAGUACGACUAUCUCCCGACGGGCUGGAUUCGACUGCUUCGUUUGGUCUCAGUUCGGCCCGCUAUCAGGCUCGAGAUUGAACAUGUUUCCCUUGACAGCAAUCCGAUCUACAACGCUUUGUCGUAUACCUGGGGUGAGCCCAUCUUCUCUCACAGGAUCAACAUCAACGAUCAUUUCCUUACUGUAACGCCGAGUUUACAUGACUGCCUGGACCACUUUGAACAGUACAUCGGAGCCAAGAUCUGGAUCGAUGCUCUGUGCAUCAAUCAGAUGGACGAUGAAGAAAAGUCUCGUCAGGUCCAGGCUAUGGAUCGUGUCUACCGUCAGGCUACCAAGGUCUUGAUCUGGCUCGGGGCCGAGACUGACAGUGUCGGUCAGGCAAUAAAGGGCGUUGAGACUUAUGGAAAGCUAGCCAUCGACGCUGGACUCCUUGUCCUCACCCCAGAAAACCUCUCUGCUUGGCCAGAUAUGGGUGGGGAGGCAGCACUUGUCAAAACGAAAGACGCAUUACUAAAACUUAUGAAAACCGCCACUGAUUCUGAGGGCGAUGAUGGCCGAAAAGAUGAACGCUUUCCAAGAGUAGCUCUUGCACAACUCACACGAAGAUCAUACUUUACCCGAGUCUGGGUAAAGCAAGAAAUCACGUUAGCGCAAGAUGCAGUAGUACUAUGUGGCCAGCACAUGACCACAAUAGAGCGCCUUCACGCUGCGAUUCUAUUCUACAGCAUGUUGAUUACGUGGGAAAUCAGCGAACUCCGAGCGGGGAGAGCUACAAGAAUUCCCGGCCCUUUCUCAGAGGCAGAGCUGCUAGCAGCUGAUGAUGUUUGGGAACUGCAGAAAACCGCAAUUCCGCAAGACUCAGUAGGGUUCGCUCUUUCUGGGCGAAGAACCUAUCGACGAAAUGGUGCGCAACCUCUGCACCAGCUGCUCCAACGGUCGUUUGUGCGGCCGUCCAUGGAUGUUCUGCAAUGCAAGGAUGCGCGGGAUAAGAUCUGGGGUGUAUCGGGGAUAGCGAGUGAUAUGAAAGGUAUGGGGCUUGUGCCAAGCUACCAGAUUAGUGUGGAGCAAGCAUACGAAGCUACAGCACGGGCAUUACUACGACAAGGUCAUAUCGACAUUUUGAAGUGGUGUCGUCGUUCUAAAGAACUCAACUUACCCUCUUGGGUUCCAAAUUGGUCGGUUCCAAUCAGGCCCGCAUGGAGCGAUGACACUGGCACGCCUGUAUUUAAGGCUACUGGAGAAUAUGUCCAGCCAAACCUCCAACAGCAUUUCGGCAUUAACCCUGGGGCUGUCAGUCUCCAAGGGUUCCUCUUGGAUACUAUAGAAGAAUGUGGCUCGGUCUGGGAAGCCAAUCUCGAUAAGACCUUUGAUCACCACGCCGCGCUUGUUAUGAUCAACGAGCUCAAGAAAUUCCUAGACAAAUUGGACUACUCAGAAGAGGAAUAUUUCGAUAUCUUAUGGCGCACACCCAUCGGAAACAAAGAGCUCCCAGAAGCGAGCCCGUAUUUUGUUCGAGCAGCAGACCGCUCAACACGGCAGUUUCACAAGCUCAUCUCGAAGGCUAUGGACAGCGAAAUGAUGGAAGCGACCUAUUCAUACCAGACUUGCAUGAACUACAACUAUAUGUCUCGUCCAGUCAAGUCUUGUGGCAGGCUUGUUGGCUUAGGCCCAAGCGAGACUGAACCUGGGGAUCACAUUGUACUUCUAUUUGGGGGUAGUACGCCUUUCAUCCUCAGACCAUUCGGCGUUGACAAGGAUCAAUAUCAGCUGAUUGGAGAGGCAUUUUUCCAUGGUAUUAUGGAUGGCGAAAUAAUUGAUCGUUGUCGCCCUACGGCGACCUUUGAACUGUGGUAG